AUGAAUUCUGUUCAAACCACUCAGAUUUUCAACGAUUCCGUCAAUACUGGCGUGACAUUGAAGAGAGCUCUGGAAUCACAGUCGCUUGAUUGCAAUCCAGUUCCAGCAAAAAGGGCCGCCGAUAUUCCGGAUAUGGCUAACAAUGCCAGCAUGCUUGCCGAAACGUUCCCUGUUCCCGAGAACGUUGUUGGACUUGUGAUCGGCAAAGGGGGCUCCGAAAUUCGCAAUAUUCAGCAAAUGUCGGGUUGCCGUGUACAAAUGAAUCCUGAUAAUAGCGCGGUCAAUGGAUUUCGUGGUUGUCAGCUGCAAGGGACGUUGGCAUCGAUUGAAGCUGCGAAAGCAAUGAUUAACGACAUAAUCCAUAGGAAUCAAGUGUCAUCGUUGAAAACUGGAAACGGCUAUGGAAACGAGCAGACGAUAGAAAUUGAAAUUCCCGCUGAAAAGUGUGGACUGAUUAUUGGCAAAGCCGGUGAGACUAUUCGUACGCUUCAAGAGCAGAGCGGAUGCAAAAUGGCGAUGGUGCAGCAAACGCAGGCGGUCACAGGAGUUCCGAAGCCACUUAGAAUCAUUGGAACGCCAGAACAAGUCGAACUGGCUAAGCAACUGGUGCAGAAUGUGCUCAACAAUGAUUCAAACAUUCCUCGACAUCACCCCUCUGGAGAAACAAUAGCGAAAGGCGAAGUAAUUGUGCCAAGAGCAAGUGUUGGCACAAUCAUUGGCAAGGGUGGAGAAAUGAUUAAAAGAUUGGGUUUAGAAACCGGAACAAAGAUUCAGUUCAAGCAAGAUGAUGAUCCGACGUCACCUGAACGAUGUGCCGUUAUUAUGGGAACUCGCGAGCAAAUUUUCAUGGCGACCGAGCGUAUUACCGAACUGGUGAACAAAUCUGAAAACCCUGGUGCGCAGGAGGUUUACUUCAUGCAUAUUCCGGCGAACAAGACUGGACUCGUUAUCGGAAAAGGCGGUGAGACAAUCAAGCAGAUUAACAAAGAAACGGGAGCUCAUUGUGAAUUAUCGCGCGAUGAGCAGCCGAAUCCUGAUGAGAAGGUGUUCAUAAUCAGAGGAACGCCGUAUCAGAUCCAUCAUGCUACACAUAUAAUUCGGAUUAAGGUCGGUGAUCUUCCACCAAACGCACCAAUCCCACCAUUUUACGGUAGUGCUCCGCAAUCGCAAAUGCACCAAUCCAUCAAUCAAGCGAUGCCGUAUGGACAACAACAGACAACGCAAUACAGUACUUCGUAUAAUUCCAUGUAUCAAAAGCCGCAGAUGAACGGAAAUGUUUCUUGGCAAAGUCCGCAGCCAAUAAUCCAACAGCAGUGCUAUCAAAAUGGCAACAGUCAGGGAAUUCCGCAACAGGCGCAACAACCGGCAGGACAGUCUCUUGAUUCAACAGCGCCUGUCAUCAAUCCGGCCACUGGUCAGCCGGAUUAUUCGGCGCAGUGGGCUGCGUAUUAUAGGUCUGUGGGACUUCAUGAACAAGCGGCAAUGGUGGAGAAUCAGAUGAAGCGCACCCAGCAACAGGUGCAGCAACAGCAGCCGCACCAAAAUGGCGCCCAGCAGGUUUUAGCUGGCGCCGCGGAUACUAUUGGCAUGAUUCAGCAGCAAAAUGGUCAGCAAUACCAAUUCAAUCCAAUUCAGCAACAAUAG